UGUGGAUUUUGGCGAUCUGCCUUUCAGUGGAUUACGUUAGGUGGCUGCUUAAAUAGCAAAUCAACGCAGUUGCAAUUGAGUACUUGAAUUAAGCGGCAGUGCAAUGGCGGGACUUAAUAUUUCUUUGUAUAUAUUUUUCGUAGUAAUUUGUUGUUGUAAUUGGAACAAUAUAAUUGUUGCUAGCAGGAUUCGUUGCAGAACUCCAGCAAGAAAGAUCGGCUACUGUGUCUGGCCUGAAAACUGUCCCGCGCUACGAGAUACUAUGAUAUAUGAGGAUUUGCUGAAUAACCAGGACUGUGCAAAUUCGGGACUUAUUGGUGAAGUUGUCUGUUGUCCGCGCAGCAAAUUUACUGGAAGUAGACGCCGUACAACUACCGGUAGCACUACAACUACAACUACCACUACAACUACAACUACACCUGCCACAACAACUACAACAACAGCAAAACCAAAAGUAGCUGCGUUACCUUCACGCUUUGGCCAACUCAUAGCUGCACCCAAUACCCCGAGUUCAGAUUUGCUUAAUUUGCAUCCUGACGGCUUGGCAUUGCUGAAUAAGCAAAACUGUGGAAGAGUCCUGACCGAUCGCGUAGCAUUUGGUACAAGUACUUUUCUAGAUGAAUUUCCAUGGGUCGCAAUGUUACUCUAUGCCAACAAGCAACCUCAAUGUGGUGGUUCAGUAAUAACGGAACGUUUUGUUUUAACAGCGGCGCAUUGCAUUAAUGAUGAUCUACAAAUCGUGCGCUUGGGAGAACACACAGUGUCCACUGAAAGUGAUUGCAAAGCUGGAGUGUGUCUCACAUACAAGGAAUUUGGCAUCGAAAAAGUCUUCAAGCAUCCAAACUACAAUUUUAUGGAAAAGAUCAAAGAUAUCGCUUUGAUCAAACUUAAUGGAACUGUUACAUUUACAAUCAACAUCAAACCUAUUUGCUUGCCAACGCAACCAGGGGCAUUUGAAAUACCGCCGAAUAGUAAUUUAACCGUUGCUGGCUGGGGGCUAACAGAAAACAAUGAACCAGCUGAUAUUCUACAGAAGGGUCUACUGAAACUUGAGGAACUGGAUGUUUGUAAGGAGAUAUAUAUCAGGUACUUGAUUGAUGAUUCAAAAAUUUGCACCCGUGCCGGUGUAAACAACUCCGUUUCCUGUCCGGGCGAUUCUGGUGGUCCACUGUUUUGGAAAGACCCACAACGCAUGAUUUGGGGCAUGUAUAUGGAACGUUACACGCAAAUUGGUUUAGUUUCCUUUGGUUAUAAGAACGGGUGCGGUGCUCUCACUACUGUGCCGUUUAUGUAUGAAAGUGUUGCAAACUCCAUGGCAUGGAUAACACACACAAUUUUGAACUGAAAGGGGGUUUCGAAA